AAACAUGUGUGUACAAUAUGGCAUACGCCCGGAUGUGCUGAUGUGCCUCCAACUGCAAACUUUUUCUAUAGACAGGCAAGCGGUUUCAUCAUUUACAAAAUAUUUUAAAUCUUUACAGAACUACCAUAUUCUGGGUGAUUGCCGAGCAUGUACAAUUGUACACAAGGUUUAGCGUCGUGUGCAGCGCAUAAUGUUACCGAUUAUUAUUUCCAUACAAGAGGUCUUGUCGGUAUCUUUCUCCGUGUGAGAGGAGGCCUGUACCUAGCAAUGGGAAAAUAGAAAGGCUGUAACGUAAGAGGUCUUGUCGAGGGCAGAAUGGUUUAAUAGGCAGUCGUACAUACUUUUCAUAUCAAUAGUAAAUAUUGUUUGCCUGCAAUGGAAAUUAACAGAGCUAUAAUAUGAUCGGUAUUAUGUUUGUGAGUCCAGCGCUGCGUGGUCCGCGCGCUGGUGCUGGCGGGCGGCUGGCACCACGGCACGCGGCUGUUCAUCCGCAGCCUCAAGCGCCUGCAGCUCGAGCGCGACCGCCACACGCACUCCUACAUCUGGCACCCCUACAGCCCCAUCAAGUUCUACUGGGACUGCAUACAGCUGCUCUGCGUCUUCUCCGCCUUUCUAUACAUGCCCGUGCAAGUUUUCAUCCACUGCCCGAAUCCCGCGGAUCCUCUUAUCCUAUUUACGGACGCGAUGGCGUUCCUGAACGUAUGCACACGCUUCAUCACGGGCUAUCUCGAACAUGAACACAAGAUUAUCAUCCUUGACCCAAAAAAGAUAGCAAAAAACUACCUCACAAGUAACUUCUUUGCCGACCUAAUUGGUUGUUUACCUUUACAACUCAUAGUGCCUUUCGAUGAAUGCGAGUACCCGUCACACACCAUCAUGUUCAUGUUCAAGCUGCUGAGGUGCCAAUCAUUAGGCGCUCAAUGGAAGAACGUCAUCGGGCAGCUUCAAUUGACCUACAUCAACUACGUCGCGUUAAAGAUCUUGGCGAUGUUGAUAAUGUUUUUUCAUUGGAUGACGUACAUCCACUACCAAGUACCAAUAUUGUGCUAUCACGUGUAUGAGAAAGACGUGGCUUUCAUAUCUUGGCUGAAGCAUUUCAAUAUUAUGAGAAAUAAGCAGAGCGCCUCUUCACUAUUUCAGAAGUAUAGCACGAAUUUCUACUUAGUGUGUGGUUUGUGUAUCGGCGCUGGAUACUACACGCCGCUGGACACGCACUUCAUCCCGGAGCUGAUGAUGUCGUCCAGCAUGGGGCUCAUAGGGCUCAUGUUCCUCACGUACGCGGUGUCGGCGCUGCUGCGCUUAGCGAUAUACCGCCAGUACGAGACCUACUGCUUCAGUGGCAAGGCCAAGGAGUUGGCGGAGUACAUGGAGUUCAUGCGAUUGCCCAAGUAUUUGCAGAGGAAGGUACGACUGUUCAUCAACUAUAAGUUUAACGAGCACUUCUUCCACGAGGACGCGAUCCGGAACACGAUCAACGAGCAGAUCCGGCAGGACAUCAACAUGCACUGCUGUCAGCGCCUCGUGAUGAACGUGCCCAUGUUCCAGGACAUGCCCGUCGCGCUCAUCAACUCCAUCAUAUUCAGUUUAAGACAAGUUUUGUACAUGCCCGGACAGACGGUGGUGGAGUUUAACAAACCGGGCGACUCCAUACACUUGAUUUCGUCUGGAACUGUCGCCGUCAUGGACGCCACGGGUAGAGAGGUAGCACACCUGCGUGACGGCGCGUUCUUCGGCGAGAACGCGCUGCUGUCGCCCGGCAUACUGCGCACCGCCUCCAUCAUCGCGCUGGAGAUCACCGAGAUAUACAUCUUGGAUGCGAAUUCGUUCCUAGCAUGCCUGCAGCCGUACCCGCACUUGAAGCGUCGCAUGGAGGAUGUGACGUCACGCCGCACAUACUUCACGCCUCGACCCAGGAAGAAGCAAGAGCGGUCACGUUAGGAUCACACGUGUUAGUGUUUAUUAAGUAGAAACUUUAUCCUUUAUCAUGGUUUUUGUGUUUAUGUGCAUGUAUAUUUAAAAGAUUUCGUUGCACAAUAAAGUUAGAGGUAUAUUAUGUAGUAUAC